GUCAUCACGGCGAGCUCUGCAAGACGCAAGGCUCAGCCUCGAAGCCAUGGAUGGACGGACAGAUAUGCAAGCCCAAAUGCCUGAAAGGACGUCGCCGUGUCGGCCACAAAAGGACAUGUCCAAACACCUUGUCGGUGGCUAUGCCCAUGACUUGACAGGCUUUUGCACUCUUAUGGCCGAAACAUAUGGAUCUGCCUCGAGAUCGAUGAGACUAUAAGGAGCCCAGAGUACACCGGAAAGACGCUGCUUCAUUGUCUGAGAGCAUCAUUCAGAAUCUUCUCAGCGAGAUACAGCGUGAUCAGCGUACUCUCCAGAGCUCCGCUGACCUCACUUGACCUUUUUCUCCACGCCUACCCGUGAGUCCCCAAGCGUGCUUCUAUCAACUUUUCUGUUCUCCUUUUUGCUCUUUGGCUUGGGCUUCUGCGCCUCUUUCAACUCUUCAACAUGGGGCUCUUCAAUGACGGUUCAAAAACGACUUCGACGGCUCUUGCAGCUUCAGCGACAUCUGCGGCUGUCACUGCAACUGCAACUUGUCCGUCCGACGCAUUCUUCGAUACAGCAACGGAACCUGUCGUUGGCGAUCAUUCGUUCGAUGACCUUGCCAAAAUUAUCGCCGGCGCCUGCACCAUAUUUACAACGGUCGUUUGCUUCGGCCUUUGCUUUCUGCACUUGGUUAAUUACCGUGUUCGAUCUGAACAGCGCCAGAUCGCGCGCAUCGUGCUCACGCCCGCCAUCAUAUCCAUUUUCGAGUUCUUCGGCAUCUGGAAACCUGACGCCUCAGGCUUUUUGAAACCAAUCGGCGAGUACUACGAUGCCCUCGCUCUGGUCUCCCUAUACCUGCUCUUUCAAACACUCGCCACACCCUCGGAGUCGCGUGGCAGCCCCAACGUGCUGUUCAACAACCUCCCCGAUCUGUACGCAGCGCAUGCUUUCAACAACGCCAAGGGGAAUCAGCUCAGCUCGUACUACAGAACGUGGUGGGCUGUGUUUCAAAUCGUGCCCGUCCGCGCCGUCAUGGUGAUCGCUACGAUGGCUGUCUACGGCACAAUCUGCGACCAGCUCAAGGAUAGCAAUAGGCUGUACACCAUCAUCAGCGCCAUCACCACCAUCUCGACUGUCAUCUGUUUCCUCGCAGUGAUCCGCUUGAUGAAAUACAUCAAUCCCUCACUCAAGGGACACUCGCCCGUCAUGAAGACGGUAUCUCUCAAGGGUCUGGUCGCCUUCUCUGUCGCCUUGCAGCUGGUCAUGUCCAUCCUGAAGUCUGCAAACGCGAUCCACCCCUCCUCCAAGAUGAGCAAGAUAGACUGGUUCAUCACGUUCCCGAGCCUGCUCACCUGCGGCGUCUCCGUCAUCUUCGCUGUUCUCAUCGUCUCGCCCUACUGGAUCUCCCCGUACACCGCGAAAUCGCUCCCGGGCGCCCAGAAGACCGGAUUCUUCCGCGCCGCCGUCGACCUCGUGAAUUUCACGGACAUCCUUUUUGUGGGCCUAGCUCGCCUGCCGUCCGCCGUCGCAAACUGGAAGAGGAAAGGCGCGUUGGACGAGCAGGCCACGUACCGGAAGGCCCCUGGCUCGGAGAGCGGCCCUGUACUGCCUCCACCGGUCUACAGCUCCUACGGAAGGCAGGAGAACAACUACGAGAUGAACGAACAGCCGCGACGGUACUGACGAGAACAAAAAGAACGGAGCAUAAGGCAACUUGCGAUUUGAACGGCUCUUAAUCUUGCAUUUUGGGAAGUUUUUUUUUUCAUCGCCGACGUGCAAAACGUGGCAUCGACGGCU